AUGUCCCUUCAAUCAUGGGUGUCGGACAAGACCCUUAAAUACCUCGGAAUGUCCGAUGCAGCCAUCGUGGACUACUUCAUCGCGGAGGCAUCGUCCGCCCGCUCCUCGGACAUUCUGUACGACAAGCUCGUCGGCUCUGGACUGCCAGAAGAUAACGAGUCCAGAAGAUUCACAGACGAACUGUGGGGCCGUGCGCCAAGGAAAGCGAAGGUUGCUUCAGUGUCCAAGAAGGAUGCGGCACCUAAGAAGCAGGAGAGGUACGCAUUGUUGCUCGAUGACGACGAAGAG